AGGCGUUGCCGUGGUCACCGAAAGGCAGCUCGCCCGCUCUUCGCCGCGGCUCAGCCGGCAGCGUCCCGGGGACGGAGCUACCUCGCCUCCCUCCUCCCCGGGGCCAAAGCGCGGAGCGGAGAGCCGGCGCCAUGGGCGGGGAGGAGGAGGAGGUCCUGCGCAUCGCCAAGCGGCUCGACAAGAUGGUCGCCAAGAAGAGCGUGGGGCAAUGGACUUGCUGAAGGAACUGAAAAGUAUGCCGAUAACCCUGCAUUUACUACAGUCUACCCGAAUCGGGAUGUCUGUGAACGCCCUUCGGAAGCAAAGCACAGAUGAAGAUGUAAUUGCACUCUCCAAGUCGCUUAUCAAGGCUUGGAAGAAACUGCUAGAUGCUUCCGAAGAUAAGAGAGAUGAGAAGAAGAAGAGUUCUCUGCCAGCCUCUUCUUCAAAAGAGACGGGUGAUUCAAGAGACCAAAGCUCCAUCAAAAGACAGGAGUCCGUAAAAACUCCCACCACUCCCAAAAUCACUACUUUCCCCCCGGUGCCCAUCUCAUGCGACACAGUUCGAGGCAAAUGCCGAGAAAUGUUAACUUCGGCUCUCCAGACAGACAAUGACUACGUGGCCAUUGGUGCCGACUGCGAGCAACUUGCUGGCCAGAUUGAAGACUUUAUAUUCCAAGAUGUGAAGAACACAGAUUUGAAGUACAAAAAUCGGAUCAGGAGCCGCCUCUCCAACCUCAAGGACUCCAAGAACCCUGACCUCCGAAAGAAUGUCUUGUGUGGAGUGAUCACCCCUGAACAAAUCGCGGUGAUGACCUCAGAGGAAAUGGCCAGCAAUGAACUGAAAGAGAUCCGCAAAGCCAUGACCAAGGAAGCCAUCCGGGAGCAUCAGAUGGCCAAAACCGGAGGGACCCAGACAGACCUUUUCACUUGUGGCAAGUGCAAGAAAAAGAACUGCACCUACACUCAGGUGCAAACCCGCAGUUCGGAUGAGCCAAUGACAACCUUUGUGGUAUGUAACGAAUGUGGAAAUCGCUGGAAGUUCUGCUGAAAUCGUCUCCGAGGGGAGCAGCCACAGCCGAUUCAGGGCCCCGCAAGUUCUGCCACGGACUCCCGCAAGUACCGCCAGCAGAUUUUUGUCCUGUUUUGUCGCCAAGUUUGCUUUGUGCUCUGUACAUCAUCCAGGAGGGCCCGGCUGCCUGCACACCUGUCGGAAGUAGCAGCGGCUGGGAACGGAGGCCACCGGGAUGGCACCGGAUGGAAAGUUUACCGAGACCAGCCAGCUUAUUGUGAGAAUGUGGGACAGCAAUUUCUUUUUUUUUUUCCUUUUCUUUUCUUUUUGGUUCUUGUUUCGUUUCUUUUCUCUUAAAACGGCCAGGCUUCGAGCCUCAAAGUUGUACAGAAGCUUCUUGCGACUCUCUCCUUGGCUCCGGGUGCGACUCUCAAAAGCUACAACCAGUAUUAACCCCGACUCCCUCAUCCUGGGUUCAAGGCUCCUUUUGUUGUUGCGCAGGAUGACAUUUUAUCGCUUCCAUUGCACAAACCCUGCCCGGCUUGAAAGCCGGUGCAAAGUGGGGAUCUGAGGGAUUUUCGAUCCGAGACCUCCCUGCCCCUCUACCGAAAUAAGUAUUAUUACUCAUCCUGCUUUCGUUCUGUUUUGAGGGGGCUGGAAAGAAUAGGAAAUAAGAGUUAAAAGUGUUGGUUUUUUUCUUCUUCUCAAAUCGGUUGAAAUAUAUGAUAUAAAAUCUUCCGUGCCUGGGUUGUGAAGCCAAAUAAUCUUAGAAAAAUUGGCCACGAGGUGAAAAACGUGAGCUUUGAAAGAAAACUAGGAGAGGGGAGGGGAAAAAAAUCAAAAUUCAAAAGUGUUUGUAGGAAAAUAGCUUUAAUUUCAGCAGACUCUCUGCAAUGGGAGUGGGAGGGCGGGGGGGAAAAAAAGCAGAUAUGAAUUUCUUGCAAUCUUUCAGGCUCCUUGUAAGUUUGCAGCUUGCAGACUUCGGAGAACUGCCGUGCGUAAAACAGAGACAGUUCGGCUUGCAUCCAUCUUGACUGUUGUGUCUGAAAUCCCGCACUUUGCUGCGUUUUUUUUUUGUGUGUCCCAGGAAUACAACUGCCACAUGCUAAUCGCACCUACGUACCAGUUCCCAUUUUCCACAUAGGAAAAUGAACCCACGCAGAUACACACAAAUAUGAAAAUAUGAAAUAUGAAAUAUGAAAAGAGAGCCGUUUUAUACUUGAAGUGGAUAAUUUGGCCUGCAUGCCCAGGCCCCUUCGGCAGCCUCUAAGUGUUACUAACACAAAAGUAUUUUGAGUUUGUUAAAUGAAAAUUCCUGGUGAUGUGAGGGAAGGAAAAAGGAGAAGUUUGCUUAGGCUGGUGGUAUUUAAAUACUGUGUAAGUUCUCAGAAAAGAGCUGGAAAAGAUGAUUUUAAACCAGCGUGUCUCAAAUUUCCAGACAGGUAGACUUCAACUCUCAGAAUUCCCCAGCCAGCACAGCUGGCUGGGGGAUUCUGGGAGUUGAAGUCCACCUGUCAGAACGUUUGCCGACUUUGAGAAAUAUCGUUUUAGAUCUUCCCCUCCGGUCAUCCAAGGUAGCUAAAUUUACCCGGCAAAUGAAAGCCUGAAAAAUCAAUUCACGUUUUGGGAAAGGUGGUUCGCCCAAAGGAAUUUGGGAUUUGUACCUCUGCUGCCACAUCUCGUAAUCGGGGCCCUCUCUCGUUUUAUUUCACCUUAAAUUUUAUUUUGUGUGUUCCAUGUACAGUCGCAAAUGCAAAACAAUAAACUUCCUUCACAAAGAA